CUGUUGUCAGUGGUCAUGUUACAGCCCUGUAAUGCGAUUUUCUCCCCCUCAUUCGAGGCUUCCCUAGGGAGUUCAAGUCCAGUUGGCUCUUUAUCAUCGGAGGAUCAUGACUUUGACCCAACAGCAGAAAUGUUAGUUCAUGAGUAUGAUGAUGAGAGGACUCUAGAGGAGGAAGAGUCUCUGGAAGGUGGGAGGAAUUUCAGCUCUGAAAUUGCAGAUCUGGAGAAGGAAGGGAACAUGCCUUUGGAGGAACUGUUGGCCAUCUAUCGCUAUGAGGCCUCAGCAGGCUCCAGUAUAGACAGCUCCUCUGGAGACCUAACUGAUGAGCUGCCUGACAUGACUUUGGAUAAGGAGGAAAUCGCUAAAGACCUGUUGUCUGGAGAUUACGAGGAGGAGACCCAGUCCUCAGCUGAUGAUCUGACUCCCUCAGUUACCUCACACGAGGCCACUGAUUUCUUUCCAAGAACACUUAGAUCCAACGCUAUCUCUGAUGGUGAUAAAGAGUCAGAGUGUGAUGAAGAUGGUCCAAGCCCAGAGGACUCCAGAAAGGAAAUAAUGGUGGGAACACAGUACCAAGCAGAGGUUCCUUCUUGCCUCUGUCACUACAAAGAUGGAGAGAAAGUCUAUGAAGAUGAAGAUGAGUUAUUAUGGAGCCCAAGUAUAUUGUCAGAAAACAAGGUUAGGGGUUUCUUGUCGGAAGUGCUGUCACGGACAACAGAUGAAAAGGCAGGAUGCGACAAACCAGGGAUGCAUGUUCGAGACAAUGAGCAGGCUUUGCAUGAGCUUGUAAAAUGCAACUACAACACCCGUGAAGCACUAGAGAGAUACUGCAGCCAUGUAAAGUCUUCGAAAGAAAAAUCACCUCUGUGGUCGGAAGAAGAAUGCAAGAACUUUGAACAUGCUCUACAGAUGUAUGACAAGAAUUUUCACCUCAUACAGAAACACAAAGUCACAACACGAACAGUAGCAGAAUGUGUGGCGUUUUAUUACAUGUGGAAGAAGUCCGAGCGCUUUGAUUUCUUUGUGCAGCAGAAUCGGUUUGGGAAGAAGAAGUACAGUAGCUAUCCUGGUGUAACUGACUUGAUGGACAGACUGGUGGAUGAAGCAGAGGGACUAGCAGUGGACAGUUCCUCCUCUGUGUGUUCAGGAGCUGGUGGAGGAGGAAGGCUAGAGACCACCACAGAACAGCAACUCAGCCUGCUCAACUCCAUCACUGCCAGCGACCUCACAGCUUUGAGCAACAGUGUAGCAACAGUGUGCAGCCCUACAGAGGUUAGCUGCCUGGACUCCUACAGUUUUCCUCCACUGGAAAGUCUCCAUCGUGGCUCCCUAAACCACGAUGAAUCCCUUGGGUUCCCCUCUAACGGUGCAGACCCUGACUGCCUCAACAUGCUUGAUGCUGGCUUCUACCACUCAGACCUGGGCCAGCUAGGAGGGGUCUGUGUCAAUAAGGACUGCGAGCGGCCCUCCAAGAGACUCAAGAUGGCACUGCCUGACUCCUUUAUCAAUGAUGUGUCUGUGGGUAACCUAGGAGUGGACUUUGAAGCGCGACGGACAACGACGCAUCACCACCGAAUCACUGGCGCCAAAAUGGCAGUGUCUGUCACAGACUUUGGGAGCUUGGCCGGCAGCGGCGAGCCCAACGGGUUUCUGGGAGCACAUGCACGGCACCACACACAGCACACUGCAGCACUUCAGUCAGAGUGAUCUUCCUCAUCUUCUUUCCCUGUUCUUCCCUUUUGAAACCCCAUUUUCCCGAUUGUACAUAAGACUGACCUCACUGGAAAAUCCAAUUUGUUUAAAUUCUAUUAUAUAUAUAUAUAUAUAUAUAUAUAUAUCUAUAUGUAUAUGAAUAUACUUUUUGUUUUCAUUUUUUGUGUAAUAUGACAUCAGUGAUGUCUAUCAUAUAGAACUAAAAUCUUGAUUUCUCUCAAGAGUUUAUAUAGCCAUUUAUUUUAUUUUCGUUUUGCAGUCUUGAGAUGUGCAUCGUCCAUGUACAGUUGGGCCCAGAGGCUGCAGUAGGAGAGUUGUGGAUCUUCCUCCCUCACAUCUACACACAACAUCUUCAGAGUUACAGUAUGUUAUCCUGCCAUUCUUUCCAGAUGCCAAAAUUAGUUUGUUUUCAGCCUCUAGUGUUAGCAUUUAGUUACCCAUCGUUGUUGUUUGAAGUGGUACUUCUUUUCUUUUUUAAAUAGUGUUUGGUUUACAGGUACUUUAUCAACAACCAGACUGGUGCAGAUGGUUUUAUUUAAUCCCAAAUAUACCUGGGUACAUAUUGUACGAAGAGCAACACUAGCAUGGAGAGUAGCUUGGAGACCAGGAAGUGUUGUGGCUUUAGCUGCUAACGCCCUCCUGUUUUAUUUUCUUUUAAUUUUCUCCUGUGGAAGCUUGUUUAUAGUUCACUAGUUUACUUUUGUUCAGAGUGGCCAAACUGGAACAUGUGUAUGUAAAUGUAUUAUUUUUUUAUUUUUUAAAUCCCAGGUAGUUUAACCCAAAUUCCAGGCCUCGAUUCAUAGUUGUUCUAUUACCUUUUCAAACGGGAUGAAGAAUACCUGUUCAGAGUAACUUAAUGGGAGUUAUCUUGUUUCAUUUUUGGAUAUAUAUAUAUAUUUUAUUUUUUUUGAAAAAUCCUGCCUCUUUUUUAGGAGGAUAUCAGCAAACCAUAGCAGCAAUAUUGCAAUGCAAAGAUUUUUGGUUGGGUUAAUAGCCAUUUAAACAUAGACACAGGAAAAUAUGUAUCUAUUGCAUAUAUUUUCUCGAAUUUCAUUUAUUCCUUUCUGUUCACGCUUUCACUCAUGCUACUCUUUGGAAAGUUUAGCUCCAUAUAUGUCCUAGUUAUGGCAAAAAUGUUAAAAUAUGUUGCUAAAUGAAGUAGCGCCAUUUUCGGACCACUUGCAAGCUUGGGUUAACCUGCUAGCAGUAUUAUUUUUAUUUAAAGCCUCUCUGAUUUUUGUAAUGAACCUCUGCUUAGCCUGUACUGACUAGAGAUGCCUUCAGAAAUCUGGUCGACAAUUUCUUUGAGUCUAGUAGCAGAAAUGGAGCCGUUAUCGCUUGACUGAAGUCAAUAAUUGUGAAUUGUAAAAUGUUUAGCGGAUCAAUGUCAGUUGAUUGGAUGCAGUAGUAGUGUUUACUUAAUUUAUCUAUGCAUUGUGCUAUGAAUAUUUAGUUUGUUUCAGGGGUACACCAUGUUUGACAUGUUCAUAGAGCUACGUUUUCACCAUAAUGUGUGUACAGACAAGAUUCAUACCUAUAAACUAUCAUUAAGUUUGAUCAAGUAAUUCAGUUUCUAAGCCCAGCAUCAGAGAGGAUAUUCACAUCUGCGUUUCAUGUAAAUAAUUAGCAAAUAGCCUUUAAAAAGUCUAUUAACUGACCUCUUACACUUGUGAAUCUGUGUUGAUACAAAGGUUUUAAUUCAAUUCCUUGUCAGAAAGGCAAUAAUUUGUAGAUAUGUACAGAUAUUUUGGGUUUUGCUUUUUACCGGUUGACUUGGUGUUUUGAUUUCUUUUUCUCUUUGGAAAGUCAUGAUACCCAUACACCAGGAUACAGCUGAAACCACGCAUGCCAGCUGUGCCUGUUUCUCAAGUGUACCACUGAAAACGGCUUUACCUGAAGACGUAUUGAUAUUACUCAAUGUUGCAAUUUUGCAUUCGAAAUUUGCAGCCAUGUGUAAAAGACACUCAUCUUUCUUUCCUUGAAAAAAAAUCUUUUUACAUGUCGUCGUCUAUUUGUCUUGAUGGUAAAGGGAUGGCUGCUGCUCUAAGUAUGUGGAGAGCUAAUUUCUCUUUUAAUGCAAUGUGCAUAAUGCAGUAGGUCCUCCAAGCUCUUCUAGCUUUAGCAGUGCAGUGAUAUUUAUUUCACCUGUGGUUUGUACAAAGACUCAGAAAACUGUCAGAAUGUAAAGGCCAUUAAGUAGUAGAAGUAGGUUUUUCACCACCCUGUGAACUCUCGAAAAUGUGAUAUUUUAUUGAUAUCUCUGGUAUGAGACUUGUGUGUGCGAGCAAGCACUAAACACAUUUAUUUUAUAUUUUGUAUUGUGUUUUGAAGUUUAAAAAGGAAAAAAAAAUAUAGCAGUUGUGGUUUUGAAAAAGAAAACUCGAGUCCUUUGAUGAAAACAAAAACACCUUUGUGAAUAAAAACCUACAAAACUUAAAAAUGUAUAUCCAGAAAUAUAGACAAUCAAAAACUUCACUAUGAGAAAUGUUCAAGAAGCUAUCUUUAUCUUUGUUUAUAAGAAUUGUACAUAUACAUUGAGUUGUUUUUUUUUCUUUUGUUAAACAUUAUUUUGUAUUUUCUGUUGUACUUUAAUACCUUGUGUACAGAUCCAGAAAUAAAGCUCUGGAAAAGGUUCAAAGAUGA